AUGCCACGUAGCGUCAAGAUAUCACCUGAUGCUCCCGGUGUAAGUGUGACUACAGUAGAUGGACGUGAGUUAACAUUACGCCGUGGCUUGACAUUUCUUGACCGUCCAAGUGCCACUAUCUUCUUUCAAGAUUUUGCAAAAGCACAGGGAAAACGCCUUAUAAUUAAUAAGAAAAAGUCGGGCGGUGCGCAGUACGAAUAUGUGUGUGCCAGUCGGUCCUCGCCGUGCAACUUUCGCAUAAAGUUGCUGAAAAGUCGCAGUGCUCAGAGUUCGCAUUUUUUUGUCAGUUCGUUCGUCGCGCAACAUUCGUCCGACUGUGCUGGUAUUCCUAAACUUACGGUGCGGCAAGCUGCUGCUGUUUUAUUGGGUGAAAAUGGUACUCCAAGUUCAGCAAAUGUAAACGAAUUACGAAAACAAUUAGAGGAAUGUAGUGGUGAAAUAAUAUCCUCUCGAAAAGCAUAUCGGGUACGGGAUAAAAUUUUACAUUUAGCAGCUGGAAAAUUUCUCAAAGGAUUUCAAAAAUUGGAAAGUUUACUCAAAACUUUCCAGUUGAAAAAUUCCAGUGUUCAUGUCAAGUUUGAAAUGGAUCAAUUGAGUGGUAUUUUUCAACGAGCUUUUCUAGCUCAUCCAUUUGUUGGAAAGUAUCAAUGUUCCAGAGGAUUACAACCAGUUUUUGGUCUCGAUACAGCAAAAAUAAGAAAUUUGAACUAUCAUGGACAGCUUUUUCUUCUGAUUGGAAAAGAUGGGAAUAAUCAAGUGAUGACUCUCUGUGUUGCAAUUGCACCACAAGCUGAUGUCGAGAAUUGGAGAUGGUUCUUACUCAAUUGUCAGCAAGCACAAUUGGAAUUAUCAAAAGCAGUGAUUUUAACCGACCGAACAAGAACAUUACUUGCAGCAACAGAAGGGCUUGAUUUGACAUUGAGACAAUGUACGCGACAUAUUAUUUCUCAUUUGAAAAUCAGAGUGGCCAAGAACGUGGCAACCGUGCAGAUUGAGGACUUGGUCUGGCGUGCACAAGCUGCUGAUAGUGAAGCGGAAUUUAAUUCGUGUCUAGGAAUGAUUGGACUCACAUGUCCUGCAGCAGAAAGCUAUUUGCGAGGUCUUGAUCCUCGAACUUGGGCGUUGUUUUGUGUCGCACAGCACGUGAAGCUAUACGGUUGGAACUCGACGCUGUUUUCAGCAGAUGACAACAAGGACUUGCUCUGUCUUGCUCCGUAUGACUUGAUGCAACACUACAUGGAACUUUUCAUGACCCUUGCUUACAACCAAGGUGUGCAUGCGAAGAAAUGGAUUGAGGGGGGUAAAGUGUUUACAGAAUACGCGGAAAAGUUACUCACGGAACAGCGUGACGCAUCAAAUUUUCAGGUCGUCCAGCCGUCCAACGAUGGCGUUCUAUUUGUGACCGAGUCGCGCUCGUUCCCGCCUCGGCGCUAUCGCGUGGACCUGGACCAAUGCGUAUGCUCAUGUGCGUUUUUGCAGCAGAUGGGCGUGCCGUGCCGUCAUUUCCUCGCUGGGUUAGCAUUUUUCAAGCGCUCGAGUGAAGAUGAGAGUUUUAUGGAUGAGUGUUUCAGGGUCACGACAUUUGCGGAGCAGUAUGACACCCAACGUACGGGCAGCAUAGAGCUUUUGCUAGACUCUGACUUGCAAGAAAAUCACGCAAUUCGAGUUCCCACCGUGGCUCGCAAGCGCGGACGUCCUAAAUCAAAACCCUGUCCUUUAAAUGAUGAGGUGUUGAUGACGUCUGCAACUGCGAAUGCUGUACUCGAUGGCAACAGCAAUUUAUUGGAAUGCGGUGAAGAUGCGCAAGGAAAACGGCAAUAUUGCGGCCUGACAGGACAUAGCAAGCGUACAUGUGACCAGGAAGCGCCUGCAGAUCAUGCAUUAGCGAAUGAGGUCGCUCCUGACAUGAUGAUUUAA